UUCGGGUUUUAUGAGUUCGGAUCUCGACUUCCCAAAGUCUCUAUCAGUACCUUCUUGAUUUCAUAAAGCCAUUGCCUUUUUGAUCAGUGCCUUGUUGAUUCUUUGCAAAUCCAACGCUAACCUAACUGGUGGUCUGAUCGGUGUGCUUGUGUCUGUAAUUGAUCUUAAUUGAACAGCAUGAAUUAUCUUCUUGGAGCUUUCAAACCUGCAUGUAAUGUUUCAAUUACAUUUUCAGAUGAAAAAAUACGUAAGAAGGUUCUAUUCAAGAAGGAAAAUGGUCAAAACUUAAUGGUUCCCCUCUUCCAAAGCCAAGAAAAUGUUGGCGGCAAGGUCUCUGUAGAACCAUUUCAAGGGAAGAAUAUUGAACAUAAUGGAAUUAAAAUUGAGCUCCUUGGUCAGAUAGAAAUGUACUUUGACAGAGGCAACUUCUAUGACUUCACAUCCCUUGUUCGUGAAUUGGAUGUUCCUGGGGAGAUAUAUGAAAGGAAAACUUAUCCAUUUGAAUUCUCAACUGUAGAAAUGCCAUAUGAGACAUACAAUGGUGCAAAAGUAAGGCUCAGGUAUAUUCUGAAAGUUACAAUCAACCGUGGUUUUGCUGGCAGCAUUACAGAAUAUCAAGAUUUUUUGGUUCGCAAUUUCAGUCCUGUUCCUUCAAUUAAUAACAGUAUUAAGAUGGAAGUUGGAAUUGAAGAUUGCCUUCACAUAGAGUUUGAAUAUAACAAAAGCAAGUACCAUAUGAAAGAUGUGAUAAUAGGAAAGGUAUAUUUUCUUCUGGUUAGAAUCAAGAUUAAAAACAUGGAUCUUGAGAUCAGGCGUAGAGAAUCGACUGGAUCAGGGUCCAACACCCACGUUGAAACAGAGACACUAGCAAAGUUUGAGGUGAUGGAUGGUGCUCCUGUUAGAGGUGAAUCGAUACCAGUCAGAUUAUUCCUGAGUCCUUACGAGUUGACACCAACGCAUCAAAACAUAAACAACAAAUUCAGUGUGAAGUAUUAUUUGAACCUUGUUCUAGUAGAUGAAGAAGAUCGUCGGUAUUUUAAGCAGCAGGAGAUCACAAUCUAUCGACUUGCAGAUUCUCCUUCGUCUUCUUCGUAGUGAUAUAGUUAUAUUUCCAGUUUACAAAACAAAAACAUUUUAAAGAAUUCGUUCCUAUAGAGGCAGGUCAGUUGUAACUGCUUGUUGUUCACAAUUGUUUUUUCUUGUUUUCUCUCUCGCUUAGACAAAUUUUACCUUUAUUGUGAUGAUGAUAUUAAUCUGUUUCUUUCA